ACGAAGGCAGUGGGGAUGGUCCAGUUGUUCGAUGACAUGAACCUCAAGUCGGACCUUCUCCGAGGUAUCUACGGCAUGGGCUUUGAGUUCCCCUCGCCCAUACAGCAGAAAGCUAUUAUGCCUGCCAUACAAGGCCGCGAUGUGAUAGCUCAGGCACAGUCAGGCACCGGGAAGACGGCCACCUUCUCCAUCUCCAUCCUUGAGCGACUCGAUGUGGAGCUGAACGCGUGCCAAGCGCUGGUCUUGUCUCCUACGAGGGAACUGGCUCACCAGACCUGGCGUGUGAUGAACUGCUUGGGUGACUACAUGGGCGUUAACAUUCACGCGUCUAUUGGUGGAAGUCGUCUCUCCUCGCGAGAGGAUGCGCGGAGGCUCCAGGCUGGUGUGCAUGUUGUGGUGGGCACCCCAGGUCGUGUCCUUGACAUGAUUGCCAACCACCGUGGCCUUGACCCUCGUGACAUCCGAAUCUUUGUACUGGAUGAGGCAGACGUGAUGCUGUCUCGGGGCUUCAAAGAUGCUAUCUACGACAUCUUCAAGUACCUCCCUGUGGAUGUGCAGGUGAUGAUCGUGUCCGCCACCCUGCCUCAGGAGGUCCUGGCGGUGACGGAGAACUUCAUGCGAGCCCCGGUCCGCAUCCUGGUCAAGCAGGAACAGCUGACUCUGGAGGGAAUCCGACAGUUCUAUGUGCAAGUAGAGAAAGAGGAAUUCAAACUGGCGACCCUGUGUGACCUGUACGAGACGCUGACCAUCAGCCAAUCGGUCAUCUUCUGUAACCUGUGCCGCAAAGUGGACUGGCUCACCCGAAGCUUGAAGGAAAAGGAUUUCACUGUGUCUGCCAUUCACGGCGAGAUGGACCAGCGAGAGCGUGAUCUGGUCAUGCAGGAGUUUGUGAGUGGCUCCAGCCGGGUGCUCCUCUGUACCGACCUCCUGGCCCGGGGUGUGGACGUCCAGCAGGUGUCCAUGGUCCUUAACUUUGACCUGCCCACUGACCGAGAGAACUACAUACACAGAAUCGGGCGUGGCGGACGUUUUGGCCGUAAAGGUGUCGCCAUCAACUUCAUCACUCGAGAUGACGUCCGCAAAAUGAAGGACAUUGAGCAGUUUUACAACACCUGUAUCCAGGAACUGCCGAGUGAUGUGGCUGACUUCAUUUAAAGAACAGCUCGGCGGACCCCAAUGUAUUAAAAUUGGGAUCUGUCUGCUGCAGCUGAUACUUUCAGACCUGUAAUGACUUUUUCAAUUUUAAACUGUACAUCUGAAUAGAUAUUGAAAUGUCUGUCCUUUUAAUUCUUCAGUUACAGAAUUCGAUUCUUUUCUUAAUCAUUUCAACGUCUUUUUUUAAAAUUACACGAGAUUGUUCCUCUUUUUUAUUUUUACAAUAUUUACUUUUUCAGUUUGUUGUUUUGCCCAAUUUUCAUUUAAGUUAUGUUUUUAAAAAUCUGUUCUGGGAGUGGUUUAGAAACCAAGAGAUUACUUUUUUUAUAGUAAAUUAUAGUGCUCAUUAGUUUUAUUUUUAUUUAUUGUUUUGUUGAUGGUACAGAGAAGAACACACAGAAAUACAGAAGCUUUAGACCAGCUUUCUUCCUGAAAUAUUGUCCCUUCUUGAAGAACGUCUUAUCGUAAAGAUUUUUGAAAGAAUUAUUUUGAAAUGUGAUGUGUAGUUAAAUCACAUGUUGUCAACAGUAGAUAAAUAUGGAAUCAGUGUCACAGUAAUUUCAUUUGCCUUUAAAUAGUAGACCUUAGAGACUUUUUUUCGGUGCUGAUUUAAUUAAAGCAGUUUGUUGAAAAUACAUGUGGUACAGUAUCGUAGUUACCUAAUCAAUAAAACUGAGUUUCAAGAGCUAUGCUUUGUUGCAAUAAAAAAAAACACUUCUUAAUUAAAAAUAUAUAACUUUUUUUUUCACCAUUAUUAUUUGCAUGAUUAUAAAAAAGUCAGCUGAAACUGCCCCAGCUGAGGCAAAACUGUUUCAUUCUUUCUGUGUAUGUAGAGAUUCAAAAGAUACUAUUAUUAUAAAAGUGUUGAAAUAUUUGUGAUAUAAGGCAAACUUUUUAAAAAUAAGCUUUUUGUCCAUUUCAUUGGUGAUCAAUAUUAAUGGCAUUGUAACGUUUUUUUGUGCAAGACGUUAUAAGUUACAGGAUUUUUUCUCAAUUUUCACUGCUUUUAGUGACUGAUGUCAAGAAAUCAGAAGAAUUUUGUAGUAGUUUCUAUGUUCAUGAUCUUUCGGGAAAAUAAAAGGUGGAUUUUAGCA